UGACAUAUCCUCCUCAAUCAGCAAGUGUUUUAACUCUGAAACUCUCGUGUGUAAUGCACGCCUCUUCUUCUUUUUCGCUAUCUGACACGCAAAAAAAAAAAAAAACAAGAAGCAGAGCGAUUACAUUCCAAGUAACGCGAUGGGUUUGCAGGAGGAAUUUCAGGAGCAUGCUGAGAAAGCCAAGACUCUGCCAGAAAAUACAACAAAUGAGAACAAACUUAUUCUCUAUGGGCUCUACAAGCAAGCCACUGUUGGACCAGUGAACACCAGCCGCCCUGGAAUUUUCAACAUGAGGGACAGGGCAAAGUGGGAUGCGUGGAAGGCUGUUGAAGGAAAAUCCAAGGAGGAAGCAAUGAGUGACUAUAUCACCAAGGUUAAGCAGCUGCUGGAAGAAGCUGCUGCUUCUGCCUAGUGUCUUGACCUUUUAGUUAUGUUCUUCAUGUUUCCUUGUGUUUGAAAUAGUUAAAACGCAAGUUAAUAAUCUGUUGUAUUGAAACUUUUACUCUGAAUUCUGCUCCUUUGAGUUAGUUUUAUUAGCAUGUACUUUCAUUAAAACUGGUUUGGAACAAUGAAAUAUUGUCGGGAUGGUUUUUAUA